AUGAACUCUUCAAAUUCUUCUGACAUUUAUUCCAUAAAUUCAUUCAGCUAUUUGAAUCAAACAUCACAAGGUGUAAUUUCAGGUAACUCUACCUUGGCAAAUGUUAUAAACUUUCCUUAUAGAUUAGGACUAUCCUUUGUGGGUGCUGUACACUUACAAUACGAGCAAACUGUCAUAUCUGAGGAGAUUUCUCCCACUUUAAGAUCCGUGUUUGAUACAAUAGGGUUCUUUUUCAGUCCUUAUGCCAUAUUUUGCUUUGUAAUCGCUAUUUUACUGAACCGAUUCGUCGUAUUUUAUGCUGUUCUCACAAACGGUGCUAGGCGUACAUUACCGAUAUGGUUAAUCAAUGCUUUUCACAUAUCAGCGGUAGUUAUUUUGACAACGGUAUCCAUAGGCCCUUUGUUCUUGGGAAGCACUUACAACACACUAGGAGACCAUGGUUUUGCCCAAGGAAAAGUUUUACUGAAUAUAUUUUAUGCUUUUGCGUACUCCUAUUGUGUUGAAACCAUAUUCACAAUUAUGCGCAAUUCCACUCCUUUGGAAGGUACCGAUUAUUCUUUGUUUGAACUUUCAAUUCAAUUUUACACGAUGACCAAUAAUAACAUUAAACUUAUAGAUUCUCCCGAUUACAUUAUAGAUUGUUCAAUGGCUAUCUUGAGCAGAAUACUAAUCCACCUGGUAGAAAUUUUCAGGCUCAGACAUUAUCGAUUAAUUUUCAGUACUAUUAUGAACCUCUGUCAUAUUUUUUACUUGGGUAUAAGAAUCAAGCAAGAUGGCUGGAGGAGCCUUCCAUUUUCAGUGAAAUUUAGACACUUCCCAAAAUUAUUCUCAAUCUUCAUCAUCUGCAUAUCAUUAUUGAUUUUUGAGCUGUCAUGCUUAGUCAGAUGGGAUCCAUUUGGAAAGUCUCAUAACUCUUGUGAACUUUUACAAUUUUACCCACUCAGUAGAAAUUGGAAAAAGUAUCUAAAUUACACAGGAGAAGAAGAUUUUUCAGCCAUGGCCACUAAGUUUGCACUACUAUUGUGCUCAGGGACUGAACUAAUGGAGAAGGGUAUACGAAGAGAAUUUCCUACUGUUAAUAUCCCGGGCAGUGUUAAUGAAAGGUUCUUCAUUAGUGGCUAUUUAAAUGAACUUGCCAAACCAUUAAAGGAGGAUAUGCCUAUUGAUUGCUCAGAAAACCAUUCAUCGAUAUCAAAGCAUAGACUUUUUUCUAUAUUACCGAAUUUUUUAAUAUUCGUAAUGAAGAAGUUUGUAGGUCUAGUGUUCUUUAUCUUUAAAGAUAACAAGAACCAGGAAGAUCGCGAUAACGAGACAUCAAAAUUAUUAAAGGCCGGUGGAACGGGUUUUUUGGAUAAUAACGAACGUAAAAAUGUCGACCACAAAGAUGUUACUGAAUUACUGAACACAUCCGAUGAAGACUUUUCUGAAGAUUACGAACCUUCUGAAGUCGAGUCACUCAAGGAUUUCGAUGAGGAGUAUUUGAAUGAAGGCUCACCUGAUUUUAGCGAUACGCGGGACACCCUGCUUGAUUUAUUCUCUGCACAAGAUGCUGAAGUUCCUACAGAUUAUAAUUGGGUCGUUUCAACUAGUCAUAUUCUUCAACAAAAGCUACUGCUAAAUAAACCUAUGACAAGAGCAUAUUUCGUAAAAACAACAUCAAGAGAAGCGAAUGAGCCUUUUGGCACAGAGACUGAUUUUGAUUUAUCUUGUGCAGUAUGCAAAGUCAAUGAAAGAAAUACAAUACUAUGGCCUUGUCGAUGUUUUGCUCUUUGUGAAGACUGUAGAAUUUCUUUGGGCUUACGUGGUUUCAGCACUUGUGUAUGUUGCAGGGGUAAAGUUCAUGGGUACUGUAAAGUUCACCAAUUUUCUGAAAAUAAGUAA